AUGAGCCGGUUCAACAAAGCGGCACUCGAAAUCCGAGACCUGAACCCUGCUGUAGCUCUACACCACCUUACCACUGCCUUGAAACCGGGGCCCUUCGCCAACAGCAUUUGUAAGAAACCUCCCACUGACAUGGAUGACUUGCGUCGGCGAGCCGACCAAUACAUGCAGAUGGAAGAAUUGGCUGAGUUCCAGAACCAAGCCCGAGCGGAGGUGUCGGCAAAACCUGACAAGCCAGCCGAGACUAAUUUUCGGAGUCGUCCGAAAGAGCUGAUUCCUCGCGAGAGGCCUCCUCGCGGGCCGAGGUACCAUCGCAAUCGGGGGCAUUCAACAGAGGAAUGCGCGGCUUUGAAAGACAAAAUUGAAGACUUAAUCAAGCAGGGGCAACUGCAAGGCUUCAUAGACCACCCAAACUCAUCCCGAUACGCCGACCGGUCUCGGCGGCACGAUCAGCCUGCACAGAGGAGAACGGGAACACACUCAUACAAAGAGCAUAGUCGGUCAAGAGAUAGGAGAGAGGACGAGCCUUCGGCACAACCUCGGCGAGUCAUCAAAACCAUAGCCGGUGGAUUCGCUGGCAGGGGCUCAUCCUCAUCGGCCCAACGAAGACACCUACGAGCCGUUCGGCACGUGCAUGCAGUGGAAACAGUUCGUCGCCUCCUUCCCACCAUCACUUUCACUAAGGCCGACUUUAAAGGCAUCGACCCGGACCAGGAUGAUCCGAUGGUAAUCAGCGUUGAAAUUCACAACUAUAUUGUGCAUAAGACGUUGGUUGAUCAGGGAAGUUCAGCCGACAUCUUGUAUUGGAACACGUUCAAGCAGUUGGGUAUUCCGGAAUCCGAGUUAGUUCCUUACGAUGAACCUCUGGUUGGGUUCUCAGGCGAACGAGUCAAGACAAAGGGGUAUACAAGCUGUCAACCCGGUUUGGGUUCGAAGGAGCCGAAUACCGAGACAUUUCGGUUAAAUAUGUGGUAG